AUGAUCGAUGGAACUUUGGAGAACAAUGACGUGAAUUCAGUUGUAUUACAUAGAGAAUUAGUAUCUGAAAAGGACCCUGUAACUGAGUUAAUAGAGGAUGAAUUGCAAAAGCAGUCUAUUUCAAAGGACGAAGCAGUGAGUGUUGAAGAAUCAAUUUCAUCUUCAAACAAACUCACUACUCCCGCAGACCAUAUAUCAAUAACGAACAGUACACUUGAAAAUACAAUUCUGGAAACAGAUGAAUUAGAUGCUGAGGGAUGCGUUAAAAGUGCUGGUAGAGUGGACAAAAAGCCAAGUUCACGCGUGCAAAUACGAAAUAUGCCACCUUAUCUGAAAUACAAGCAAGUCAAGGAGCUUCUUUCAAAGCAAUUGAGUAAGUUCGUCGUGACGAACAUUCGACAUACGGGCAUAACAGUGUUCUUUUCGCUACCGACUCCGGAAGAAGCUGCUGCUGCAGUUCAAAUUUUUGAUGGCUUUAAAAUAAAAGGUCGAAUUUUACGGGCCAAAAUAGCGCGACCAGAACAACUGAAAGUGAAACUACUGAACAGUGAUCAAAUAAAGCGUACAGCACGCGAACGUGUAACGCCAUUGGCUGACAAGCCAUACAAUGAGCAACUCGAAAUUAAGAUGAACGAUGUGAAACGAAUUGCAGCGAACUUUUUGAAAGAGAUGAUUGGUGCUCAUGUGAAUGGUGCCAACAGAAUCAGCAUUGAAUCGUUGGUUGAAUCUAUUCGUCCUUCACCUCGUAUCACCGAAUAUCGAAAUAAAUGUGAAUUUACAAUUGGUUAUAAUAUCGAUGGUUGCAUAUGUGUUGGUUUUGUUGGUGGUCGAUUUGCAGCUAAUCAACAUUUUGUAUUGCCCGUGGAUACGUGUGAUAACAUAUCAACCCAUAUGAAGAGAAUUGUCGGAGCCUUCCAGAAAUUGGUUGUGGAAAGUGGUGAAUCACCAUUCAAUGAAUUUGAACGGAAGGGUGUGUGGAAAAUGCUUUCCAUUCGUGAAUUUGGUUUAGAUAUAAUGAUGAUUGUAACUAUAUUUCCUAUGGAAGACAAAGAGCGCGAAAAAGCUUUGAUAAAAGUUGUGCAGGAACGAUUUCUUCAGCUAAGCAAUUUCUCUGACGAAAAUAGUCUUUUUCACAUUACUUCGCUGUACUGGCAGCGAUUAGCGAACGCUAGCGAUCCGGUUAUCUAUGAACAUAUUGCGGGUACUCCUUACAUUUAUGAAACAAUUUUGGAUACCCGAUUUCGAGUUUCACCUUCAUCAUUUUUUCAAACAAACAGUGCUGGUGCCACAGUAUUAUAUAAAACGAUUGCUGAAAAAUUCGGUCUAUGUAAGAUGGAGAAUUUAGUUGAACAGAAAUCCAUCGAUGCUGAUUUAGUUGCUGUAGUUUCUGCAAAAGAUCUCGAAGAAUCUGUAGACGAAGACAAUGGCGAACCAGAAAUGAAGAUAAGAAAGCUUGAAAAGGUGGGAAUUGUUGAGCAGCAACAGGCAACUUUGAUCUUAGAUAUCUGUUGUGGUACUGGAACGAUCGGAAUUAGUUUGAUGAAGUUGGCGAAAACUGUUAAUCGCAAAUUUUUAAUAGGUAUUGAAAUUAUUCCGGAAGCUAUUGAAGACGCAACAACAAAUGCAGAUGAUAAUUUGCCACCAGAUAGUUACAAGUUUGUGUCCGGUAAAGCCGAAAACGUUUUCUUUCGUUUGGAGCGACUAGUGCCAUCGUGGGUUGAUUUGAAAACAGUAAAUAUAAUAGGAGUGAUAGAUCCUCCGCGAGCUGGAGUUCACGAAAAGGUAGUUAUUGGAUGCCGAGCGCUUACACAGCUGAAAAAAAUUGUCUUUGUCUCAUGCAGUCCAUCUUUGGCAAUGAAAAAUGUUGUUGAUCUCUGUCGGCCGACAUCUAGAAAAUUCGAAGGUGAACCAUUCAAGCUAACUUCUAUUACACCGGUUGAUAUGUUUCCGCAAACAUCUCACUGUGAAUGGGUUGUACAAUUGGAUAGAUAG